UUCAGACUGUAGCAUCUCAUUUAAUCCAGUUUGAAACAUACAAAAACCAGUCAUGACUUUUCAACAUAUUUACAACAUUUUGAUUGCUGACAUGUUCCCUUCUCUAACAAUUUUCAGCUCUGUGUAGGAAACUAACAGUCAAACAUUUAGGCCAGUGCUCCCUUCGCCCUCCAGUCUCUAGACAAAAGCCCCAGUAGCUCAUCUUCAUCCUCUUCUUCCUCCUCAUUGCUGGUAUCCAUCUCCAUACAACUCUCCUUCCUGGGGUGAGGUUUGUUCUUCACCACAUCACGCUUGUCUCUCAGAACUUCAACUCUCUUGUAACACUCAAUUUGUUCAUCGAUCUCAUCAAUCUGGCGAUCAAGGCGACCCUCUUCGUCGUCCUCAGCCACUAUGGCAUCUGAUUUAGUGUUCACCUGCCGGAUUUCCUUCUGAAACUCUUCCCACUCCUUGUCCAUUUGGUCUUUAGGUGCGUCAACGUUGCGCACUUUGGCGUCUCUCACGGGGUCGUCGAAGAAGCCCUCUGGCAGGGCUUCGGCUGUGUUAUCUUUCUUUUCUGUGGUUUUCUCCUGCUCAUCUGCUUUGAGAAUGGACCCUGAAUGGGAAAUGGAGGGUGUGGAUGGGAUGGAGCUAUCAAAGAAAUCUGUAGGGAGUCCAGCAGCAGCAGCAGCAGCAGCAGCAGCAGCAGCAGGGGGAUCUGCAAUCCCUGCCUCACCAGCCUCUUCAUCAUCUUCAUCAUCAUAGACUCCGGCCAAAAGACUCAGACCUGCAGACUUUUUUGGAGGAGUAGCCUCUUUCUCGGUGGGUUUGUCAAAGAAGUUUCCGGGCAACCCUGACGAGGACUGACCCGCAGCCGUUGAGGGUUUGGACUUUUUUCCAGAAGCAGCAGCGUCCUCACCAUCAUCCUGUGUUUUCCUCUUCAAGGGUUGACUCUGGGGAGUACUAGGUUGAAUUUUUCCUUCCUUCAGCUCAACAACUUUCUCUUUAUGUUGUUUUCCCAGAAUAUGAGCCGGCCACAGAAGCUCAGACUUCACCUGCACGUUGCACAAGGUGCAACUCAAGUGCCCGAGACUGUUGUAUUUGGCAAAAGGAGACUCCACUCGCUUCUUGUCUCGCUCCGUUUGCCUUUGUUUUUCCCUCAUCAAGCGCCUAAGCUCCUCUUGGUUUACAACCUUUUUCCCCUUUUUGGAAGUAGCCAUUCUUGAAAACAGAACUGUUCUGUCGCGAUGGAGUAAAAGUGGGUCUCACGAUGAUGACGCACACUGCAGUUCAUAGCUUACGCACGCUGUCAGCCAAUGGAGACCGACGUCCCCGCACGGCGGCCAUUUUGCUACGGGACGCUCGCCCACUCAUCACAUUAUAAUCUACGGUGUAUGUAACAUUUAAAUAACCAUAGAUUGCUUAAUUUUACACCGAUUUUUUUAAACGGUUUGGUUUGUAACAAACCUCAGAGUUUUAGUAAUGUUUCUGCAUACUCAAGAAUAUUUUUAACCAUGGAUUUUCAUAUAUAUACAUUAAGCAGAUAGGAAGAGGAAUAGCUACAGGCCUGCACACACAAGGCAUUUACAUUAAAUCAUUUAUGUAUAAAACAUUUAAUCAUUCCAUGUAUGUUAUAUUAGAAAUAUUUCUAUUAUAAGGAUAGCUAUAAUAAAAUAUAUAGCAACAACAUAUAUAAAUAUUUGUAUUCAAUGUAAAUGUCUGCCUCAUGUUGCCAUUUUAGAUAUUUGUAACAAACCGAACAGCUUGGAAAUUAUGUGCAACUUAUGUUAAAAUGAAAGAGCAUUUCUACCUCUCAAACAGAUGUAAAAUUGCUGGGUCAACUUUGAAAUAUGUACUUGGUCUCACUUACAGGGAGUCUGUUAGCCAAGUAAGAUAAACACAAGCACACCGACAAAGACUGUCAUUGAGACAAAAUAAAUAAAUUAAAAUAAAAAUACGCUGUCAUACAAGAAAUUAAUCUCGAUUGUGGUCUCAGGCUUGACAACUCACACAUAGUAACUCAAACAUUAGCCCUUGUGUACAAAUAGCUGUGAAACAACCGUGCUGCACGAUUAAGUCUUUAUUUUCUUAAAGAAAAGCUGCCAUUUCAAUAUGUCCAAGCAUCCCAACUCAUAGCCACGUUAUCAAGGUCUGUAAUAAACAAAACCAUCUGUUAAUCUGUCAAGAUUCAGCGAGUUAAGAGUAUUUUUGAUCAGAAUGGGUACCAGAAUGUUAUACUGGAGUAAGAUGGCCGCCGUGAAUAGACGCCGGUGACUCCACCUCGAGUCAUCUAAUCUUUCUUGUAUAUAUCUAUGGUUCACACUAAUCGAAGAAGGAAACCUCGCGAGAUUAGCUAGCAGCUGGCUUCUCUGUCCCUCACCGUCCGCCUGGUUUUUGCCGCAAAGCUAAGUGAUUUGAUACCGUUUUAAAACGUGAAUCGGGGGGACGCUAAAAGAGACAAGGAUGUAGUCGUUUGAUUUUCGUUCUUAUUUUUAGAUGUGUGUUGAUUUAGCGCGUUUGUGUUCUGUUAUGUUUAGCACUAUUUUCUGUUUUCAUCGCCGCACCCUCCAUAUUCAUUUUUUAUUGGGGGCAAGCUAGCUAACGUCCAUUGGGAGCUAACGCUAACCUGCUGUGGUAGCAGGUGUAUCGUUGUUUGAACAACAGUAAGCAGGCAGCUACUAAAUUAACGUGUAAAGAGACCCUCGUUGGAAUUUGUGAAUCGCUUCCAGAUUUAUGCCACAUCUCCAUCCGACUGUUGCUCAAUAAUUGACUUACUACGCUCUUCAGACAGACAUCACCACCAUCACCAUCAUCAUGACAGGUGAGAAGAUACGCACCAUGCGAAAGGACCACAACAAACCAAACAAAAAUGACGAGAUCAUGGACACUUACGAUGAGACCUCAAACGGGACUAUCCCUAACGGUACCGGUAACCAUCUGAAAUCCAACAAGGCUUACCAGAAAUCGGUCAAAAGCUCGGCGCUGCAGCAGCAACAGCAGCUCAACGCGAACAACAUAAACGGGAAUUCAUCGUCGAUCGGCACCGUGGUUAACGAUGAUAACAAAAACCCGAUCAUCCUGACCAAUGAAAACUUGGAGUUCCCGGUGCAUGAGUGCGUGUUCAAAGGGGACGUGCGGCGGCUCUCCUCCCUCAUCAGGACCCACAGCAUCUCCCAGAAGGAUGUUCAUGGUAAGACCUUGAUAUAAUGUUUGCUCCGAUCACAUGUUUGAUAUCUAUAUGUACAUGUGAGAUCAUUUAAAUUCCUCUUUUUUCCAGGUAACACACCUCUUCACCUGGCUGUGAUGUUGGGCCACAAAGGUAAGGCUGAUGGAAUAAUGAAACUUGUCAUUUUUGUUGUCUGUACAGUAGGGCUGGGACAUACAGUUUUCUCCCGAUACGAUUUUUUGGAUGCCUAUUGAUUUAAAUUGCGUUUCUACAAUAUUGUCGAUUUUCUCGAUAUUCAGUCUGCAUUUUUAACACCAGUGAAACGAACAGAAACAAAAAUCUUAAAACAAAAAAUCACGAUACCUAUGUGAAUCGAUUUCUUCUCCCACCCCUACUGUACAGUCUGAUGUCUUUGACUUUAAGAAUAAGAAUAACUUCAUUAAUCCCUGAAGGGAAAUUCAGUUGUCUGUCAUCUCACAUAAAAUGUCUCAAAAAGUUAUCUACUAUUUACACAAGUGUUAUAAUUUGUAAUAAUUGUUAGUUAUAAUAGUUGUAAUUUGUAAUAGUUGUAAUUUAUGUCAAUAUACUGAAUAAAGAUCUGAGUAUAUCAACAUAUUCAGUCUUUCUACAUAAUUAAUAAUCAUGUUUUCAUUAUUUUUUUAAAUUAAUAGGUUUUAUUUGAUAGACCCUUUUGCAUUAUUUAUUUGUGGUUAAUAUACAUUAGCAUGUAUUGUGUUGGUAGUAUUUUAUCCCUCACCAAAGCAGAGACAAUUACAAAUAUAUGAACAGUGGAUUGUUAUGUUUCAACAAAAAUGUACAUAAUGAAUCUUAUUACUAUUCUUAAUACUAUUCAUCACACACUGCAUUGUCACUUUUUAAUUUGUGUGCUUGUCACAAUAACAAUACAAAUCUAUCUAUCUAUCUACCUAUCUACCUAUCCGUCUGCUUUGCCUUUGUGACUCUUUAAAGGGUCCUUUUAAAGCACUCCUGCUCUCACUCUAGUUUUUUGGAGCACCCCUCACACUCCCACUGCACUCAGCAUGUCUUAUCUGACCUCUGCAGCAGUGUCAGAACAACAUAAUGUUGGUAUCGUGGCCUAAAAUGCAGCAAACGCUUAAGGGUGGAGAUACAAGAAAUGAUACCCUCUGUGGUUAGAGCCACAUGAGGUGACAGGAAGUUCCAAAAAGUAAUGAGUUUAUAAAAAGCAACACAAAAAAAGUUUCUCAGUUUAACAUUUUCUGUUUCUCUUUCAGAGUGUGCCCUUCUGCUUUUGGCCCAUAACGCACCUGUUAAGAUAAAGAAUGCGCAGGGAUGGAGUCCUCUUGCAGAAGCCAUCAGCUACGGCGACAGGCAGAUGAGUAAGUGAGAUCAUCUCCACUGGGCUGUACAGAUGUAACCCCUGUUCGCAGGUUUAAUCUGGGUGUCGCACCUGGAAUCAUACAUGUACUGUUAGACAACCACUCCUGGAUAAUACCUCUCUGACAUUUCUGAUGGCUUCAUGAUGGCAGCCUCAGCCCUGCUGGCAUCUGGAAUGGCUUUCUGUCUGAAUGCUAAUGUUGUGACAGUUUGGGCAAAUGUCAUCUCAACGGCUGUCAUCUGUUCAGGAAGCGUUUUUGUCUGCUUGGAUUGCUCUGCUCUCUUGUGUUACAUAUCAUAAGACAGAGUACAUUAUUCUAACGGAGAAUGAAAUUCUGAUUUCACUCUUUGUCAUGGUUAAUAAAAUACAACACUGAAGCUCAUUGUAGAUUCAAUCUCCAGAGUCUCUACUUUGUAGAAACAUUUCCAUACUGUCUUUUUGAUAAUGCUGUUCAAACUUGGGGAUUUCGAUCAUUAUUCUUGAAGUUUCCCCUUUCAUACGGGUGAGAGAUUAGAAGGCCGUUUUUUCCCCUACCAUACCAGUAAACCAUAUACAUCACUGAUUCUGUAUUAUGUUCAGUGAUAUUUUUAGAGCAAAUACCGACAAAUUCUAGUUUUCGUUCUCAUUUUUCAUUCAAGUGUGGAAAAAAGGAAGCAAGGCUUCAUACUGCAAUAGCUUGCAGCAUUUGUGGGAUUGCUUUACGAGUAAUUGAAUUGUUUGAAAUCUGCAACCGCUGUCUGGGCUUCCAAGCUCAAAAGCUGGCGUCUGGGAUUUUCUCUGAGCUCUGGUUAUCCAGAUGGGCUGGAACCCAGCCUGAAUGAUGGCUUAGUGUGAGGAAGCCCUGAGCUUACAGGCUGGUCACUCCCCUGCCUAAUGAUGCUACUGCUGUUUUACAUCUGACAUGCAGAGUACAAGUGUCACAGAUGACGUUUGAGAUGAACUCCUCACCUCUUGUGUCUUUUUUUGGUGUGAUGUCGAUUUUUCAUGUGUAAGAAAAUUUAUGUAAGAGAUUAUGUGGAAGUGCCUGGAGAAAAUACCAGUUACUGAAUAUUAUACCUCUGUUUUUGUGUUAAAACUCAGCACAGAUAUUUCAGCUGCUUAGCUAUAGAUAACUACGGUCAUUUAUCAGCAUCCUGUCCUUAAACAGCAUGCGAUGAAGGUUGAGAGUGUUUAGAAAAAUGACCCUCCAACUUGUUAGUAUGCGUCUCGACUUUCUGGGGCUGCUGCUGCUGCUGUGGCAGGCCGGCUGGCUGGCUUGGGACUGGGACCUGGAGUUUAGCUUUGAGAAGGUCACGAAAUUCACAGGGGGGGAAGGGGAGGCAGUGAGGGAGGGCUCAGCACACUGACAAACCAUCAGCAAGGACAUGCGAAGAAGAGCCUCCGGUGAUCCUCAGAUUUGGAUCUUUGUCUAAAUGAAUAUGUAGCAGGAACUGGCAGGCAAAGGGAACACACACACACCUUACUAUCAUAAGGGGAAGGGUUAACAGUUUUACAGCGAGUCGUGAAACACUGCAGUCUUUCUUUGCGGUCGUCACCUUCCACUAUCACACAUGUGCACAUUACGUCAGCGGCUGGCUCACUGGGUUUCUGUGUGCAAUGACUGGCUGCCUGUGUGCAGCAGGGACCCCGUCAGCACAUCUCUCCUCCUCAGUCCACUUUCACCCCCUCUGGUCAAGACUACAGAGGACACAUCUGGGUUGUGCUGAUUUGUCUUUGUCUUUACGGUGUGACUAAGUGCUUUCAGGAGUUGCUUUUCUUAUCACAGGUGAUGCAUGGAGUAUUCAUAACAAUACCACUGUGCAAUAACAGGUUGGUGCAGAGAACUGACGCAUCUCUGUUGUUUUGUUUACGCACAAAAGAAGCUCCAAAUCUCAUCAAGCAGCUUAACUGGGGAUGCAAAAUAAAAUCAAUUAAAUUAAGGAGUCCUCAGCCAAAUAAUAAACGGCUUAUAUUUCAAUAAGUGAUGGAGGAGUGAGUCACCCCCUCUUAUUUUGUUCCUCUACAAGCUCCAGGACAGGUUUUCUUUCUUUAAAAUGUUGUUUAAGGAGACUCCAGUAGCUCCUUCUGUAGAUAAGCUGCUCUCUCAAUAAGAGGAAACCUCAGUGACAUAAGAUGAAGUGAUCAGUGAAGUUGUAGGUGUCCAGGUAUCACACCAGGCAGUGCAGCAGCAGCAGCAGCCAUCUUUAAAAGCCCCUGUAACAAGUUGUUAAGGAUUCUUUAUGUACACAGAGAGCUCUCUAGUGGGCAGUUCCUCUCAAGGAGUCCACAGAACAGUUUGUUCCUAAAGCGCCCAAUAGCAUUUACUGCUCCCCCAGUAACAUGCGAGGGAGAAAGUCUGACACGCAGUGGAUCCCUGAAGCUGAUUCUGCUAUUUCUCAGGUUCAAAUGUCAUAAUAAUGUAACAGCAAGAUGCCAGUUCUAUGAUCUUUUAUAAUAUUUGUGUGGUUAUAUGGGGAUGUAGAUGUAGGUAGUACGUCAGCAGUUCACCUGGCGGCUUUUGGUGGAUGAAUGGAGAGGGGGUGAAUGGGGAAGCCCUUCUUUUUGCGACUGCCCUUUUCUUCUUCAUCUAAGUGCUUUGUCUUUUUGCAUUAAUAAAACUACAAACAGAGAUACAGCCUGUUUUUUGAAGUUUAUACAGCCAGCCAUUCGGGCAAGGUACCAUUAUCCCCUACUCAGCCUCUCUGCGAUUAAGUUGUUUUUGGAUAGUCGCCAUACAGCAAGUAUGCAGUUUAGUCUCACAAACAUCACAUUGUACUUUUUGGAUCUUUUCUAUUCAUUGUGAUUAGGGUUGCAACCUUUCGAUCGGCAGUUAAGCUGGGGGAUUUUGGAAAUAUUCCACAUUGGAGACUUUCCAUGAGAGUUAUGGGAAUUAUUGGGAAUUCAUGGGAAUUAACUAGAAAUUGGGGGUAAUUUAAACCAACUGUAUCAUAUCCAAACAUAAAUGUAAAUAUUUUUGUUUGGUCAUAAGCAGACAUCCAUGCAAAAAAUACAAUUAAAAAAACAUGACACUCAUCAGAUGGCGAACGUGGCAUUUUUCUGUAGAAUAAAAUAACAAAACAAGUUUGUAAAAACACUAAUGCAAUGACAUGAACAGAAAUAUAGUUGGCUAAACAACUGCAAUGGUCUUCAAAAUAUUUGACAAUUGAUGUAUAAAUUAUUGUAUGGUUACAGAAAACUAUCUUGCAGGAGUCAGAAGAAACAGCAUCACAUUUGAGGAAGCUACCACCACCAUAAUAAACUAGCCCCUGAAAUGCUCUAUGAAAUGAAAAAUAGCUUACAUGUAGCAUAUUUUAUUUAAUUUUUGCAAGUUAAAUAUUAAUAUUAUUAUAGAUCAAAUAUAUUUACCCCAUAAUAUUAUCAAAACUUACUUGACUUUAUGUAGUCUGUGGGCAGUGGUUCUCAAGUCCAGUCCUCAAGGCCCACUGUUUUGGAUGUUCCCCUGCUCCAACACACCUGAUUCAAAUGAUCAGCUCGUUAUCAAGCUCUGGAAUGGCUUAACGAGCUGAUCAUUUGAAUCAGGUGUGUUGGAGCAGGGAAACAUCCAAAACAGGAUUGUUAGCUAAGAUUAUGCUACAAUAUAUUUUACCCAACUAUAUUUAAGUUCCCUGUUGAGGGCCAACCUUCAGUUUUGGAUUUUUUUAUUCCUGUUAAUUCCCAUAUAUUCACGUAAAUUCCAACUUCAAAAAUUCCCGGAAUUUUGCAACCCUAAUUCUGAUUAAGUUGCAAGUGGAACAAUAAACAUUACUGAGUCUAAGAGUGACACCAUUCAGCAUAAAACAGUGUCACUGUUAUAGCUAGCCACGCCUCCUGGUGACAUCAUUAGUGUCUGGGAUGCAGUGCGGAUAGGGCUCUGAGGUAGGAGGUGGUCACUGGUGGUUUGGCUAUUGAGUGGAGUUUCCGCCUGAUGCUGCCAUCGAUCGUAGCACCAGCUGGGUUGCUAUGCUGCGUGAGCACAUCCCGACCUGACACGUUGAGGGCGAUCUCCUGAGAGUUUCCUGUCACUGUAUGUUGAGUAAUCAAGACGCCGAAGCGAGCGCUUGAGUGAGUCAGGCUCCAAGCGUUGACGGUCAGUGUGAUCUCAUGACCGCCAGUACCUCCGGCUACCAGAGCUGUCCAUCACGUGGCUCGGCUCCUCGGGACCUGUAGAGAGACGAGCAGGUGUGAUAGUGGAGGGCUGCAGGGGCCGGGCUUGUCAGUGGAUGGAUGACAACAUUAGUAGGAUCAGAGGUGAAGAGGAGCUGGCUGACAGAGCAGGAGACUAGGUUGUUAGUGCUCUCUGGAAGGACAAAAUGUGGUGCAUGCUCUUCCCAAAAUACCUCAAAGAUCUCUCUGUAGUGAGAUUUACUGAAACUUUUCCGCUGACAGUAACAGUAACUGAACAAAUCAUCAUUGAAGUCCAUCCCAGUCUAUAAUACUGUCUGAUCAAUGUGUCCUUUUGGUCUGUCCUGUGCUUUGAAUUUGACCUCAUUCCUGCUGUCCAGGUGUAACUGUGAGUAUUCUUCUCUCCUCACCUUUUCCCUUCAGUCACGGCAAUCCUGCGGAAGUUAAAGCAGCAAUCUCGGGAGAGCGUGGAGGAUAAGAGGCCCAAGUUACUGAAAGCUCUGAGGGAGGUGAGAGUCACUCUGACUUCACUGAACUCUAAUCUCUGCAGAAUUUGAUUAGCAUAUAACUUUAGUCUGUCCUUGAGAAUGCGUUUAACGUCAGGAAUAUAUGCGUUAAAAACCUGAAGUGAACUGCUCUUGGAUUUAUUUAUUAUGAAUAAGCUGAAUCAUUUAGUGAGACAUGUUUAUAUCUUUCUCUUCAGCUCGGUGACUUUUAUCUGGAGCUGCAUUGGGACUUCCAGAGCUGGGGUGAGUUUUUCUAUUGUUGACAGGAAGUUGUUUAUGCGCUUCAUUCUCGGAAAACUUUUCCAGCAUGAUAAUGGAUUUUAAAAAGACUUUAUUUGGAGUUACUUUGUUUAUUCCUUCAAAGCAGCUGGAUGGUUCGUUUGUCGCCUGAAGCUCAAUAAAGAAUACUUGUGUGUGUGUGUGUGUGUCAGCCACAGCUGGCUAAAUUCAAACGCUUGUCUGUUUUUCAGUCCCUUUGCUGUCCCGGAUGCUUCCUUCUGAUGCUUGUAAAAUUUACAAGCAGGGGAUUAAUAUCAGGUAAAAUCCUAAUGUACAAGUGGAUUAAACUGUCACUGUAUCUAUGAGACAAUCUCUCACACUGAGCGUUUGAAGCAGCAACUGGUCGAUAUCCAGGUCGAGGACUUCUUUUAGAUCCUUAAAGUAGGACAUUAAAGCUUCACACACUCCCUCUCCUCCCUCUUGAUUUAGACUUGACACGACUCUAAUAGACUUCACCGAUAUGAAGUGUCAGCGCGGGGAUCUGAGCUUCAUUUUCAACGGUGACGCAGCACCCUCCCAGUCCUUUGUGGUCCUGGACAACGAAGCGAAAGUGUACCAAAGAAUACACCAUGAGGUAAGCGACAAGUGAGUCACAAUGAGUCAUCAAGCUGCGUUUUAAUAUGAAUCUCAGCGCUUAACUCUUUUAUUGUUCCACCCCUGAAGGAGUCAGAGAUGGAGACUGAAGAAGAGGUGGAUAUCCUGAUGAGCAGCGACGUCUACUCCGCGACUCUGUCCACCAAGUCCAUCACCUUUUCUCGCAGCCAGAUCGGUUGGCUGUUCAGAGAGGAUAAAACGGUAAGCUUUAGGGGGUCAAACCACAGCUAGAUGAGAGCAGAAGUGAUUUAAUUUGCAUAAAAGGUGACACAUUCAACAAUAUAAAAGCACUGUUGAAAAAGAAACAUUAAAAGGACAGUUAAAAUUAUAAUUUAUGUAAGAUAAGUCAGAAAUGCUCAUUUGAUCAUAUAUUCCUUCAGCUCAUAACAGCUUCAAAAAGUACAGCGAUAUCCACGGCUUCUUUUCCUCUGCGGAGAAGUCUCUCAGAUGAAGACCUCUCCUUUUGUUCCUCUGAAUAGUUUCAGUUCUGAAAUAAUUCUGUAAGUUUUAUAUAACAAGUGAGACGAAGAAAAUGUAUUUUGUGUAUGUUUAGUCACAUGACCAGUGCUGCAAAUCAUCUACAUGGUGGUUCACACAUGAUUGGUUUAAAGGGAACAAAUCCGCAGUAUUUGCUAAUUUACUAAGGGUGAUGUCACUUUGCUUUUAGUUUGAAAUGUUUUGAUGAAUUAUAGAUCUGAAAGUCCGGUUUGAACUGACGAGCUUUGUUUUAUAUAAACCUCAUCAGAGUCGCUCUGAUCUCGGGAGCACAAAGGAAAUGAUCUUUUCUUCUAAAGAGUUACUUCAGUCUCACUCUCGGUCCGCUGUCUCGUUACCUCUUAGGAAAUCAUCUGUUACAUUAAAGUCUGAUCUUUUCCCACACAGGAGCGGGUCGGAAACUUCCUGGCCGACUUCUAUGCAGUGAACGGGCUCGUGCUGGAGUCACGGAAACGGCGAGAACACCUCAGCGAGGAGGACAUCUUGAGGAACAAAGCCAUCAUGGAGAGCCUGAGUAAAGGAGGCAGCAUCAGUGAACAGAAUUUUGAGGUAAAGGGAGCAGAUUGCAUCUUCAAAAAGUUAAGACGUCUGCUCCUCUGAAGAUUUCAAAUGUGCCACUUUACUGAUUUUUUUUUUUCUCUCUUCCCCAGCCUGUGAGGAGGCAGUCUCUCACAGCGCCAGCACCCAACACCAUUUCUUGGGAAGAGUACAUCACUGCAGAGCAGGGAAAGUAAGCAUGUUCUCAUCAGCCUUUAUCUAAUUUAGGAACGUAAUCAGGACGCUUGAGUGUGAACCACAUGAACCGUGAUGAGUCAUUUUUAAAAAAAAUGAACAUCUUUGUAUGUUUGCGUGUGUUUCUUCACACCUCCAGGCCUCCUCAUCUUGGUAGAGAGCUCGUGUGCAAGGAGAGCAAGAAGAACUUCAAAGCUACCGUAGCCAUGAGCCAGGAUUUCCCCUUAGGCAUAGAGUCGUAAGUACAUCUAUUCCUCCUCAGAUCUAUUUACAAAGCUCUCUGCACAGAUUGAUCCCGGGUGGGUACGCUUGGAUGCAUGUGGGAUUUUAGAAAAGGGUAGAGCCGAGAUGAAAUAAUUCAGAGAAGAUAAUUGGACGAGGUAAGGGUUCCUCUGUCUGAAGGAUUAGAAAAACAACUGCUCCACCAUGCGAUUACUUUCUUAACUCGUCCUCGGCACCUUGUUAGCUGUGCAUGGGCUGUUUGAAGGGAAAACCUGCAGAUUGCUCUCUUAUUGCCCUUAUUUUUGGUGUCUUACAUCAUGCAUCUGGAAGCUCGUGCUUUCGCUUCAGGUUUAAUUAGUAAAUGUGGACAUUAAAGACUCGCAUAUUCAGGCUUCUUAAGGCUGUCGUGGCUAAAUGAUUGCUUUUAGUUUACAACAACUGUUGACCUAAGAUGUAAUGGCCUGUGAUUGCCAAGAGAUCAGAGAAAUAAGAUAUUUCACAGAAAAAAAAAGUUGUUUUUAAAGGGCGUCCAUGAAGGGAAACUGGCAGGAUUUGAAAAGGAUGCGGUCUGGUUUUUGCCUGUCAUGAGAAGUAAGCGUUGAUUUAUGACCUCUGCAGACAGAACAUUAAUGGAUCCAGCAAUAAAACUCCACCCUCCAUAAUCGCUAAUGUGUUCUGGAUGUUGUCUUUUUCCCAUUUCCUAUUCUCUGUUCUGUGAUGUUCAAACAUAUUUUGUUAAAUAAUGAAUAAUAUUGAGGAAACUUGUGCUGCGUUCGAGUUACCUCGGAAGUCAGAUGUUGGAAGCACUUCCGAGGUAAGAGGAACGCAGCAUUACAGUUAGCUCAGUGUGGCUAAGCGAAGAGAGCUAGCGAACUUUUCAUGCUCCCUGCUCACUUCACCUAAUGCCUGCACUGGUCAGGCAUUAUUAAAGACAAGUGGUUUUAUGCAAGUUUAAUAAUAUGUAGCCUGAAUGCAACUUAACCCUUUCUUUCUGCAUCAAAAUACAGCUGAACCGCACGAUAAGAUGCUAAAUGUUUGUUUACACCCAGCUAACUGAGCAUUUUAAAUUAUGGGCCAUGUUGAUCUAUCGGGUCUAUCUGUACUGGUAUUCCCUGAUAGCGUAUUCGGAUGCUGCGUUCGAGUUACCCCGGAAAGUCUGGAGUUCCAAGCUGAAAGUGAAGUCACACCAGAGUUCAGAAUGGCUACAUCUACGAAAAGUUUUCUAUGAAAGUUAUUUUAGCACUUGCCUUGUCCGAAUAUAAGGCAAGCACUAAAAUAACAUUCGUAGAUGUAGCCAUCUUGUUUCAAACCUCCAAAUUUACAGGAUCGCUCCAAAGAUCUGUUAUAGACAUUUGUUUGAUGAGCGCCUCUAUCAGGGGAUUUCAAACCUUUAAAGAGCAAUGACAUUACCAGAAUAUGUACUUUAAGAAAAGGACAGGACCCUUUGGUUGACCUGAACAUGACUCCAAGAUCUGCUCAUACACUCAGAGUCUUGUGAAGUCUGAUUCCUUAUUCACUGGAAAUGCAGCUGCAUCUUAUUUCCUGUUGCUGUAACUCUGACUUCAGGAGGCAGUCCUCACCUCGAGGGAACUGUUGGCAGAGAAAAAGACUAUGAAAGAAAACUGCACACUCAUUUUCCUCUGCCCUCAGGUUACUCAACGUGUUGGAGGUCAUAGCCCCGUUCAAGCACUUCAACAAACUCCGAGAGUUUGUGCAGAUGAAACUUCCGCCAGGGUUUCCAGUCAAACUCGGUACGUACGUCAACCUGCCUCCAUGCUCCUGAGAGUUAGUGAGCCCGAGGGGAACUAUCAGAAAAUAACACAUCAUGAUUCUGCUGUUUUUCUCCCCCUGUAGAUAUCCCUGUCUUCCCCACCAUCACAGCAACCGUCACCUUUCAGGAAUUCCGCUACGACGAAUUUGAGGAGUCUAUUUUCUUCAUCCCCUCUGAAUACAAAGAAGACCCCAGUCGCUUCCCAGACCUCUGACCUGUAAACUCGACUGACGCAGACAGGAAAUGACCAGCGGGUCACGAUGUGUUUGAGGAUGAGGAAUCCUUUUUAUUCAUACAUGUAUUAUCCUCUCUGUUUUAUGUUCUUCCUUAAAAAGGGAGCUGGUCUCGUUGAUCGGUUUUCAUUCAUUUCACUGGUGCAUCCAAAGCAAGUCAAUGCAAACAGAUUUUGUCUCACUUGUAUGCCUCAUUUCCACUGCAUGGUAAGACUCAAUUGAACGCAACACUUUUUGUUUUUUUUUCCAAUGAAAAAACACGAAAAAAAUUUUGUUGAUCGGACUUGGUACCUAGUGCUCUUUCUGAGGUUCUGAGUGAGCUAAGCCUGUAAUGUUAUCACAAGUCAGACAACUGAUUGGUUGAAGAAGUGGUCACUGGAAUAUUACAGGACAGCUUCUUUGUUUGGGAUGUGACUAAAGUAUGUGGCUAAAGAUCAUUGAGGGGAUUACAUUCAGUUCACUCAUGUUGGUGUAACACUGAAAGCCCCUCACCUAGAAGCUCCACCCAUAGAGGGCAGUGAAGUGCAAAGUACGGAGAGCACUAGCAGGUAAAGUCAAAAAGGGCCAAUACCGAGCUGACUGGAAAAGUGGCAGUAGAUGCAUAUCAUCCUUAUGUUUGUUUGUUUUUGUUUUUAUUUCUGUAAAAUAAUUGAUGUUUUUUUAAUGUUCUUGUGAGCGGCUGAGUCUGCCGCUCUUAGCUGCUGUUCUUUCUCCUGUGAAAGCUGUUAUAAGACACAUUUUGAACUCAUCAUCAUCAUCACAAUGUUAUUAAUAACCAUCUCCUCCUUUGCAAGGACUGACGACAGAAUUCUUGAAACUGCACUGACGCCAUCAUCUGUAAAUAAUUCACAUCUCAUCGGUAACUCAUAACGAAAAUAGUCCGAAGUAUAACUUUAUCCUCAAACUGAGCUUAAUAUUCAUUUAUAAAUUAUGUACUAUAUAUAUAUAUAAAUAUAUACUCAAAAGGAGUAACACUGUGUAGCAAUACAUUUCCAGUACUCAAGAAUGUUUUUAACCAGCUGGGAGAAGGUUUAGCAUAAAAACUCAUUCUUAACAGUUCAAUACCCGAGCCUUUUCCCUGUGCAGGACGCAGUCUCCUGUGUUUUCAGGUUCACUCAUGUUACCUCUCUGCUGUCUCCAUGUUUGUCGUGCUAGUAUGGACUCUGUGCUCAGUGUGAGUGGGUAAUUGUUCUGUAUAAAGGAUCGUUGUAUGUACGUUUGUGUGUGGAAGAACCCCCGAUGGGAUAUCAGGUAAACUGUAAUAAGUUUAAUACUGCACUGAUAUUAAGUAUAUUUAAGGCAUGCUAUGGCUGCGUUGGCCAACUGGAUCACAUGCAUUGUUAAGAUAUAUUCUCUGAGCGUUUGUUAUAUUUACAUGCAGACCUGUUGUUAUAUAGACUAAGGAAAAGAACUGAAAAUUGUAACACUAACACUUCGAAACACCUUUCAGUGCUUAUAAAAUCUCUCCUUGAUGGUAGUCUGCGCAUAAUUUUAUUUUAUUUUUUUUAAUCUGUUAACUAAGCUGUGAAGUUCAUAUUGCUGGAUUUUUUCAUAACUGUCCAGAAGGGAAAUGAACUGAUCCAAUGAGUUGUCUCUGGCUUCAGCUAAUAUGUACUGCAACCAUACCUACUUCACAUCCCUUUAAUAAAGCACCAGCAUCAUGUUUCAACUGA